AUGCGCGGUGUUGCAGUUAUUGUCCUGUUGGUGGUGAUGGCUGUGGCCCUCCAGGCAGCAACGGCCGAGAGAAAUAUGAAGUACUUCGAACGAGAGCUGGUUUCGGAGUUGGCGGCGCAGAUCCUGCGCGUGGCCCAGGGACCCUCGGCCUUCGCGGCGGGACCUCACAAGCGCAACUCCGAACUCAUCAACUCCCUCCUUGGACUCCCCAAGGUCAUGAACGACGCCGGGAGGAGAUAAACAGUAUCGCCCAGUUCUUUCUGUCCAUUACGAACACCAUCGAUAUGUUGAAGCCUGUCCACCUUUCACGCUGCGACUUCAGAAUGCUGCAGCGCUGAUUUACUCUAAUCAUACCUAAGAAUAUUUAUGUAGAAGAAAUAAAGCAUAUUCAUCUUCACUAAAUGGAGUGCA